CGCGCGCGAUGGAGGCGGCGUUCGACGCCUACUUCCGCGCGGCGGAUCUGGACCGCGACGGCCGGAUCAGCGGCCAGGAGGCCGUCGCCUUCUUCAAGGGCUCCGGCCUCCCGCAGCCCGUCCUAGCCCAGGUCUGGACGUAUGCUGAUAAGAACCGGACUGGAUUCCUUGGGCGUGAAGAUUUCUACAAUUCGCUCAAACUAGUUACGGUUGCGCAGAGUGGCCGGCAGUUGACGCCGGACAUUGUGAAGUCAGCGCUAUUCGGUCCUGCUGCUGCGAAAAUUCCUGCUCCCCGUAUAAAUGUCCCCACCGUAGCUCCUCCGACGAACAGUGUUGGUGCGCCCCUGCAGGCCGCUCAGGCACCAGGUCCUCGUCAACAGAAUCCAGUUAUAAAUGGAUCGCAGGGAGCAUCGCUGAACCCACAAGUCCCCCAACCGGGUAAUCUUGUUAGGCCGCCGCAACCUCCAAAUGCAAACGCUCCCCCUGCUCAGGGAACUGCUCCAAGGCCACCCGUAGGAGGUGGUCUAAGUGGGCUAAACCAGACUAGUUCAACAACAGCAAAUCUAUCAACCGACUGGUUCAGUGGCAAGAAAAGUGCAAGUCCAUUAGGCAUGACUUCGCAAGCUCCAGUUAGAGGCGCUUCUCCACCAGUGAACCUUGGUACCGUGGGAAUACCAACACAGAGUUCAACUCCGGCAGCUCCUACACCGGUUAUUACAACAUCUGUGAAGGCAAAUCCAGCCGAUCUAAACCUUCUGUCUCAACCAGCUGUUAAUGACGCCAAGGCAUUGGUUCCCUUAGGGAAUGGAACGUCCUCUAACUCAAGCUUUGGGGUUGAUCCUUUCUCUGCAACUCCGCAACCAACGCAAAAUUCAUCUUUCCCCCAUGUUGUUUCAAAUGGAUUGCCCAGUUCUACUGCCCUUGGCCCGGCUGCUGGACCUCAUCACCCCCCUAAGCCAGUGCAGCCUGGUCCUGUGCAGGGUUUAGCGUCGCUGCCUUCUCAUACUGGCCAGGUGCCACCAAGCCAGCUAGCUCCUAAGCAAAACCAGCUUAAUAGUGUACCAAACAGUCGAGGACCAUUGAACACUAACAUCCCUGGUGGACAAGUUCCUACAAAUCCAAAACAGUUUCAGGCCCCAUGGCCCAAGAUCACUCAAGCAGAUGUCAGGAAAUAUAUGAUUGUAUUUAUUAAGGUAGACAGGGAUCGAGAUGGGAAGAUCACUGGUGAAGAGGCAAGGAAUCUGUUUUUAAGUUGGAGGUUGCCAAGAGAGAUCUUAAGGAAGGUGUGGGAUUUGUCCGACCAGGAUAAGGAUGGGAUGCUGUCUUUCAAGGAAUUUUGUUUUGCUGUGUACCUAAUGGAGAGGUUCCGAGAGCAGCGCCCACUUCCUGAUGUAUUACCAGAUGGUAUUUGGGCAGAGGGAAUUUCACUGCCCUCUACUGGCCAAUUUGCAGAAAACCCUAGUGGCCCGGUUACCCAUCCAAGUGCAGGGUUUGCCAGUAGAGCAAUGCAAGGACCACAUCCUGGAAUGCCUCCUUCAUCUAUGAAGCCACCACCUCGAAGGCCUCUACAUUUUGAUGAUGUUGAUGCGGCGCAGGCUGAACAACAAAAACCCAAGGUCCCAGCAUUGGAGAAACAUCUGGUUGGCCAGCUUAGCAAGGAGGAACAAAAUGCACUCGAAGCGAAGUUUAAGGAAGCUUCAGAUGCUGAUAAAAAGGUUCAAGAGUUGGAAAAGGAAAUACUGGAUUCUAGGGAGAAGACUGAAUUCUUUCGCACCAAGAUGCAGGAGCUGAUUCUUUACAAGAGUAGGUGUGAUAACAGGUUUAACGAAGUCUCAGAAAGUAUGUCUGCUGAUAAGCGUGAGGUUGAAUCCCUCACAGCGAAAUAUGAUGAGAGAUGCAAGAAGGUUGGAGACGUUGCAUCCAAACUAUCAAUGGACGAGGCCACUUUCCGUGAGAUCCAGGGAAAGAAAUUGGAAAUAUAUAAUUCUAUUGUAAAGCUGCAAAAAGGGGAUGGAGAUGAUGAGAAGCUUCAGGAGCGGGCUAAUCAGAUACAAUCUGAACUCAAUGAGCUCGUGAAAUCUUUGAAUGAACAGUGCAAGAGAUAUGGAUUGAGAGCUAAACCAACUACUUUAGUGGAGCUUCCUUUCGGUUGGCAACCUGGAAUACAGGAGGCAGCUGCUGUUUGGGAUGAAGAAUGGGACAGAUUUGCAGAUGAUGGGUUCUCUAUAAUAAAGGAACUCACAGUCGAAGUGGAGCCUCCUCCUGUACAAGAAAGUCAUCCUGCUGUUGAAGAUGGCAAAGUGUCUAGCAAUGGGGCAUCAACAGAGAAAGAAGACAACAAGAGUGAUAAAACUGUUGCCGAGCAGACAAUAGAACCUGAAGUGUCUGGUUCAGACAGCAAAUCAGAAUUAGCAAAAGCACAUCCAGUUAGUCCUGCAAAGCAUAGUGAUGAACCUGAUAAAAAGCAAUCAGUAACGAAUGACGACUCACCACGUAGUACCAGUGACCGUGGAGCAUCUGAUUCCCCUGUUCAUGGAGAUAAAGCCAACAACAGACAUUCUUGGGGUCCAUCAUUUGAUCAUGGUGAUGAUAAUGACUCCCUCUGGAACUUUGAUUCUAAGGAUGGUCAGAAUGGUGAUUCAGAUCUAUUCUUUGGGCCACAAGGACUCCCCCCGAUAAGGACAGGGGGUUCCGCAUCUACUAGUGCUUUUGGCAAGGAGCAGAAACCGAUGUUUGAUUCUGUCCCAGGCACUCCAGUGGAAAAGCCGUUCUUUGAUUCUGUCCCAGGCACACCACUGCAGAAAUCCGUCUUUGAUUAUUCCGUCCCUAGCACACCGAUGCAGAAUUCACUCUUUGACUAUUCUGUUCCAAGCACACCGAUGCAGAAGUCACUCUUCGAUUCUUCUGUUCCAAGCACACCGAUGCAGCGGUCACUCUUCGACUCUUCUGUCCCCAGCACACCGAUGCAGAAAUCAGCCUUUGAUUCCAUUCCAAGCACACCGAUGCAGAAUUCAUUCUACGACUCCUUCCCGAGCACCCCGAUGCAGGGUUCGCUCUUUGAUUCUGGCCCAGGCAGAGCAGAAUCACCUACCGCUGGCAGCACCUAUGGGAGCGGCCAGCAGAGGGGAUUCUUUGACUCUUCGGUCCCAAGCACGCCGAUGUACAACAACUCUAGCUUCUCGCCGAGGUACAGCGAAGCAGGGGACGACAGCUUCUCCCAGCUGGACGCCUUCGGCGCCAAAGACAACAGUUCGUUUGGGCAGCGUGACAGCUUCUCAAGAUUCGAUUCCUUUGGGAGCAGUGCUGAGCUAGGUGGUGGCAAGGAUGCCUUUGGCGCCAAGGACAACAAUUCGUUCGGUCAGCGCGACAGCUUCUCGAGGUUUGAUUCCUUCGGGAGCAGCGCUGAGCUCGGUGGCAACAACAGCAGUGACGCCUUCGGGAGGUUCGAUUCCUUCCGCAGCAACGCCGAUCAGGGCAGCGGCAGCAGCUUCAUGAGGUACGACUCCAUGAGCAGUAACGCCGACCACGACAGAAGCAACACAUUCGCGCGGUUUGACUCGAUGAAGAGCACCACGGACUCCUCCCACGACAGGGGCUACUCCUUUGACGACGACGACCCUUUUGGCACCGGGCCGUUCAAGCCAUCGUCGAAGACCUCGGAGACGACCUCCAGCCCGACGAGACACGGGACCGACAGCUGGAGUGCGUUCUGACAGGCAGCUGGUGUUGUUCUAUAGGAGAGGUCAGUCAUGAUUGUGUCUUGCGCACCUUACUGCAGAUAUAUAUGUAUACACGUGCUACAAGGGCGAGACGUUUUUUGCCUGGCAGGGUGGCUUGUUUGUGUGUUUGCUUUUGUACCUAGGGUCGGAUGUUGAGUUGCACAUGCUUGGUCAGAUGGUUCGUAUAAGCAUUCUUUAUACCUUGUAUUGUACAAGUUGUCCGUCAGCCUCUGAUGGACUGGGAAUUUGAUGAGCUUUCUGCUUGUAACUCGGAGCUUGUACAUUCUUUUUUUUUCUGUACAUGUAUGUGCUCUUUAUCAGGAACUUGGUUAUUGAGAACCAAAAUGUCUGGAAAUUCGAUGACCUUUGUUGUUCA